AUGGCAAUGCGGCGUCUACAGUGGUUGGGCUGGUGGCUGCAAAAGGAUGAUGAAAUGAAGGCUCAGUAUUACGCGUUCAUGGAAGAAUAUAUCAGUCUCGGCCAUAUUGGUCUCGCUCCCCAUGACGAUAAUAAUGGAUCAACCAAUUGCUACCUUCCGCACCAUCCCGUGGUGAAACAAUCGAGCACGACGACCAAGGUUCAAGUUGUGUUCGAUGGCUCAGCGAAAACUAGCACCGGACAUUCUCUCAACGAUGCGUUGCUAGUUGGGCCAGUUGUUCAGGACGACAUUCUGGACAUUCAUCUUCGUUUUCGGAUGGUCAAGAACGCAAUAGUGGCGGAUGCGGAGAAGAUGUUGAUGCACCGUACAGAUCGGCCAUUGCAGAAGAUUCUGUGGCCACCCAGUAGCAGCGGAACCGUUCAAGCUUAUGAGCUGUGCACCGUUACGUAUGGACUCGCGCCGUCUUCGAUUCUAGCCACGAGAACCCUGUUGCAGUUAGCUGAAGAUCAUCGAAGUGAAUAUCCGAAAGCAAGUAAGGCACUGAGGAAGAAUGUGUACGUGGACGACUUCAUUACCGGUGACAACACAAUCGAUGGCGCAAUCCAGUUGCGCACGGAGUUGAUGCAGCUUCUGCAGAAGGGUGGUUUUCUUUUGCGGAAGUGGUGCUCGAAUUCGCUGCAGGUCUUGGAUGGUCUUCCUCCAGAGCUUCUCGGCACUCAAUCUUCCAUCAAGUUCGGCCCCGAAGAGACCAUCAAAACCCUCGGCAUCAGUUGGGAACCUGAGGCAGACGUUUUCAAGUUCGAUACGUCAAUCAUCGUCAACAACCAAACGCCUACGAAGCGCAACUCUUCGACCCUCUCGGAAUCAUUUCUCCCGUCGUUGUUCAAGCGAAAAUCCUCAUGCAGCAUCUGUGGCUGCUGGCACUGGAGUGGGAUGCCGAAGUUCCUCCAGAAAUCCGUCAGCAGUGGGUUCGAUUCGCCGAGCAGCUACCUCAGCCAAGUCCAAGGUCGCACCACUGAAACCGCUUAG